CGGCUGACUCGGUUGGUUCCAACUCAACUCAGUGCAUCCUCAGUUUUGGGAACCACUGUAGUCCUGGUAGUCUGUCCCCGCCUCUCCUGUAUAGCAGAAGUUUGAAUCGUUGGGAUAUAAAAACAGGAAGCCAUGAACAAUGACGAGGAAACAAUGGAGAAACUGGACUCAGAGUUUGACCAUCACCUAGUUGACAUGAAACCAUAUGUUCUUAAACUCCCCCAGAAGAUAGAGCGCCAGCGAUGUGCCCUGUGGAUCAAAAAGUUAUGUGACCCAGGUGUGUCCGGCAUGGGCCCGAUGGGACGGAAGAACCGCAACAUGUAUUCCCGUCUACUCCUGCACAUGCUCAGAAGAGGGGUCCUGGAGGGCCCCUUCUGCCACAAGCCAGAGUCAGGCAGGCUCAAGACUCUACCAACAUAUAUGUCCAUCUACUUUGAUGAGCCUUUGUGUGGCCGGGGCUUGGACCAGAGCACUGCAGGCCUGCCUGACUGGGUGAACGGGGAGCUUAGCCGGAGUGACGACUCAUUGAGUAGCCUGCACAGAGAGAGGAUGAGCUCCUCACCCACAGCUUACUCCGACACAAACCGGAGAAGACAGCUGUAUGAGAAGUCUCCAUCUCAUCCCCUGUCCUCCAGUCCAGGACAAAGUUCCUCCAAACAUGAUAACAAAGAGGUGGUUGGGAGCAGGAAGACUGUGGUGCCCCUUGAUGACUGUGAGCUGGAGGCCCGCCUCAAUACCUGGAACCUGGGGAUUGAGAACCCGAGAUAUUUGAGAGAGAAUCCUAUUCCCCUUUCUCCGAUUUUCCUCAAAUCCAGCCUGCAGAAUAGCACUCUGACUGAUGAAAUCCCAGUUGCAAGACAGGAGAAAGAGGCUGAAAUGAAGACUAAAGUCCUGGAGGCCAAACACCAGGAGGAGAAACUGAAGAUGCAGCAGAAGCAUGAUGCAGACGUGCAAAAGAUUUUGGAUCGUAAGAAUGGAGAGAUUGAGGAACUGAAGACCAUGUACCGAGUCAAACAAAAGCAGUCGGAGGAGACUGUACGCAAGCUGGAGAAGAAAGUUCAAAGCGUGGUGCGUGAGUCUCAGGUCAUCCGCGAGAGUAAAGAGAAGCAGAUUGCAGAGCUGAAGAAAAUGGCAGACCAGAGCACUGACACCCUGAAAAACGAGUGGGAGAAAAAGCUGCAUACAGUGGUGGCUGGCAUGGAGCAGGAAAAGUUUGAUCUUCAGAAGAAGCACACAGAGAACAUUCAGGAGCUGCUGGAGGAAACCAACCAUAGGUUGGCCAAGAUGGAGUCCGAGUAUGGUGCACAGACACGGACUACCGAGCAGACAGUGCGGGAGCUUGAGCUGCGUGUGAAGCAGCUUUCAGUUGAGGUGGAAAAGGGAAAUGUGCUGAGGCAGAAGGUGACGCAGGAUAAGGGCCAGCUGGAGAUCCACAUUGCUACUAUCAGCUCGGAGCUGCAGGAGGCCAAUCGAAGGCACUUGUCUCUGCUGAGGGACAUGGAGCAGCAGAGUAAGCAGCAUGAAGACACACUGCAGAAGCUCCAGGGUAAACACGAAACUGACAUCAGCCACUUCCAACAGGAACAUGCACUCUCCGCUGCUAAGGCCUCUGAUAUGAUUGAGGACUUGGAACAAACUGUGGCCCAGCUAAGACAGCAGUUACACGACAGCGAGCACAGGAGACAGAAACAACUUAGGGACACAGAGAACAAAUUCCAACAAGAUAAAGCAGAUCUGCAGUGUGACAUUGAGAAAAAGGUGCGAGCUCUACACAAUGAGGCUGAGAAGGAGAGAGAAGAGGCCGGGAAGAAGAUGUCCAAACUCGAAGAGUCUCUUAGGGAGAAGGAGGAGCAGUUGGUCUGUCUGAGAGAGAGUCAAAGGCAACAGGCCCAGCAGGCGGAGAACGCUCUGGAACAGUUUAAGAAACAAGUGGAGAUCAGCUCAGAGAAGACCUACGCUGAUAUGAAGCUACAGAUGGAGAAGGUGGAGGAGGAUCUGUCCCGCUCCAAGUCUUUCAGAGAGAAACAGGCCCUGGAAUUCUCUUUCCAACUGGAGGAGCUCAAACAGAGAUAUGAACAGCAGAUGUGCGAGCAGCGUGCAGGGCAGGAGCAGGAGAGGACGCGUCUGCAGCAGCAGCACAACGCGGAGAGGGACGCCCUGGUCCAGCAGCACCAGCAGGAGGUGGGCACCAUGGAGAGGGAGGCGCGGGCCGCCCUGCACCAGCACCAGCUGCAGAGCCAGGAGUGGAGGCAGCGCGACGCACAGACCGUCUCUGACCUGGAGGAGCAGGUGUCCUGUCUGAGGGAUGAGCUGCAGCAGGCCCACAGCCAGAGGAAGCAGCAGCUGCUGGAGCUGGGGGUGCUCAGGGAAGAGGAGAGGCAGCGCGCGGCCCAGGACCAGGAGGCCUCCCUGGGCAGGCUGAGAGCGGAGAUGGACCGCAUCCGCCUGGAGCUGGAGAGGAGCCACGCCACCGACAGACAACUGGCCCAGGAGAAGACUAACAGCAGGCUGAAGCAGAUUGAGAAGGAAUAUGGUCAGAAGCUUGCCAAGUCUGCCCAGUUGAUUGCAGAGCUGCAGACAUCAGUAUGUGAUGCUAAGGAGGAGGCGUUGCGGCAUCAGCACGAGAAGGAGAAACAGCUGGAUGAGGCCAUGGCUCGCUGGGACGACGAAAGGAGGCAGAUGAGUCGCCAUGCUGACACUAAAAACAAGAACGAAUUUGGACUACAUUUGGCAGCAUCUAAGGUGGUGGCCAGCCAACCCUCACUCCCUACUGCCUUGUGUUUACCAGUGAGUUGGGUUUGUGUAUGGUAACGACUGGUGCUCCUCACUGGCCUAAAGCCUUCAGUUGCCUUGGCCCCCCCUCAGUCAUUCUGGCCUCACUCGGUGUCAGUAACCAGCCAGGCUGGGAGGGACCGACUGGCUGCUACAUUUUUACACCCCAGUCCAGACACACUCAGUGGUUUGGCCAGGAGUCUUUUAUAGACGAGACACAUGUCGCCUCUUCUUUGUGAGAGGGCAUAAAACCUGGGGUCAUGGUUGAAAUGUAUGUGCUUUGUCAUUUUUUAUGAUACUUUUCAACUCUAACCCCCAUCCUCUGACACAUGCCUACACUUUAACCCCCGUCUAGUCUGUCCUCACACACACACACACACACUUACCCCAUAUUCUGUCCCUCACACACACACUCACUCCUGGGCUUGGUCGUUGGGAGGCUCUUUAAAUGUCUCGUAUGUUCUCUGUCUGGGGUGAAACAGGCCUUUAAACCAGUCGUCUGCUGCUGCUGGGGCGCUCUAUUUAGCUCUCUGGGCAACCCCACUCUUUAGUCCUUAUUUUUCUCUUUGAAGUUAUUUCCAAUUCCUCUCUAAUUCCUCAUUC